AUUGGCCAACACGUGGCCGUGACGUCAUCACUCACCAUGGCGGGAGCGGACACACACGCCGCCGCCGAUCCCACCAUGUUUUUCAUUUCCCUAGUCGUCGGGGCCACUGUGAUCGUUCUAUUAUGGCUCAUGCGACGCUCCCAGGCCCAGGGCGGCGACACGCGGGACAAGAGCGGACAGAAGAAGAAGCAGCAACAGCAACAGAAAGACGACAGUUCCAGCAAGCAGAGCAGCGGAAAGGGAGGCAAAAAGAAACAACAGCAACAGCAGCAACAGGCCGGGAGUUGGCGGAAGGCAGCAUCGGUACAGUUCAACCACCCCGAACUCCUCACGUCGCUUAAGGGCCACACCGGAAACCUCACCAGCGGGGGGUUCUCGGCCAACGGCAAGCACUUCAUCUCGGCGGCCGAUGUGUGCCGUGGCCGUCGCUUUGACCCAGGCGGGGAGGAGGAGGGGGCAGAGGGGUGCUUCUCCCUGCCGCUGCUGGAGGACGGCAGCGUCGGCAGCGGCAGUGGCGCGGACGAGCUAGACAGCUCGUCGUCGGUGAGCAGCAGCAGCCACCUGGCCGCCAGCAACUGUCCCACAGACACCGAGGAAGCCUGCAGCAGCAGCAGCGGCACCAAGAUGUCGCGGCGGCAGCGCAAGAACAAGAACAAGAGCAAGACCAAGAUGAAGAGCAAGAGUGAACGUCAGGGUGGCGGCACCGGCCCCGAGGGUGGCGAGGGCAGCAGCAGUGCCAUCGUGGUGGCCAGCACGCAGCAGCUGUUUGAGCGGCUGGGCAAGACGGAGGAGGAGAUGCGCCAGCUGGUGCUGCCGCUGUGCUGCACCGUGGAGGCGCGCGUGCUCAACGGCUACCCCUUCACCAGCGGCGGCAGCGGCGUGCAUGUGUUCCGCCCCUCCGGCGGCUACACCACGCUGGCAGCCGUCCUGGGCGGGGCCGGGGCACACCACCCCGCCCUGCUGGAGGAGGAGGCCGCCCCGGCAGCCACCCCACCGCCCACCCUGGUGGAGGACGAGGCCACCUCAGACUACUCCGAGCCAGACGAGUCCUUGGUCAACCCCGGCGGCAGCGACUGCUGCGCUGACGACAACGACAGCCAAGAUACCUCGUCCGGCAUCAGCUCUGACAGCAAGGAGGGGGAGGGGGAGGGGCGGGACUGGUGGUGUGGCUGUGGGGGGGAGGCGGCCGGGGCAGCGCCGCCCUCUGCCUCCCUGCGUGUGGAGCGCUGCAAGCGUUGCCGGCAGAGCUUCAGCCUGGCGGCCAACGGGACGCGGCCCUGUGAGUACCACCCCUGCAAGGUGUCCAUGCGUCAAGACGGCACGCUGCGGUACCUCUGCUGCAGCAAGCUGAAGGGCGUGGCCGGCUGCACCGCCGCCCCCAUGCAUGUGUACCACAACCUGCGCAGCGGCCUCAACGGGCCCCUGGAGGGGUACACCAGCACGCGGCCCGGCCCGGCCAGGGUGGUGGGCCUGGACUGUGAGAUGGUGUUCACCUCGGAGGGCUUUGAGCUGGCACGGGUGACGGCAGUGGCCGUGAGUGGCCGUGUGCUGCUGGAUGCCUAUGUGAGGCCGCGGGGCCACGUGCUGGACUACAACACACAGUUCUCCGGCAUCACGGCGCAGCACAUGACCGCGGCGGUGAGCUUCACCGAGGCGAGGGAGAGGCUGCUGGCGGUGGCGACAGCAGACACUGUGCUGGUGGGCCACAGCCUGGAGGGUGACCUGGCGGCGCUGCGACUGCUGCAUGGACUCGUUGUGGACACGGCGCUGCUGUUCAAGGCGCCGCAGCACCACCAGGGCCUCAUGGCAUCCUGCCCGCCCAUCAAACAGUCCCUCAAGGCACUGGCCAAGAGGCACCUUGGCCGGGACAUCCAGACCGACGCAACGGGCCACGACAGCCUCGAGGAUGCCACGGUGGUCCUGGACUUGGUCCUCAGCCACUUCAUAGAAUCUCACAAAGUGUCCAAGGUGGCGCCGCUGCCGCCCGCCCUCAAGAACAUGUGAAGUGACAGUUUUUAGGCAGUUUUUAUCCUUUUUAAUACAAAGACAAUUUUUUCCUUUUUAACAAAGACGUUUUUACACGGCAAAUCUUUGCAACUACUCUGGGACUCACUGAAGGUCAUAACACAGCGAGUGCCUUAUUUGUGUUGUGCCUCCCCCCCUGCCCUGCCCUGCCUCCCCUACACACACACCUUGCUGGGGAGGCCGAGCUUACUUACCUUACUGCACGUUGCUGUCACUUGCUCAAGGCCGGUGGAGAUGCAGGAGCGGAGGUGACCGAGGGAGGGAGCGAGGCGAGGACUGUUGUGUUGUGGCGAUGAUCUGGUACAAGUUAAGCAUAAACUGUUCUAACCAAAGCGGAUGAAUGUGUGCGUGCGUGCGUGCGUGUGAGAAGAGGGAGAGAGAGAGGUGUUGUGCCUGCAUGCGUUAUUUAUGUUUUUUGCUUAAGGACUCUGUGGCAGCUUCAAGUAGUCUGUGGGUUUAUUUUAAGACUUUAGCGUGAAGUGGUUGUGAGGGAGCAGUCUUUCAAGGGGAGGCGGAAGAGAGGAAGUGAGAGGAGAGAGAGAGAGACUAAAAACACAUAAUCAUCAAGGUCGUAUUCGUACUGUGAUAACUCUGCAUUCCGAAUCGGUCUCGCCAUUUUACGACCUCACUCAUGUUCGUGACGGAGGAAAUAAGGAACCAUAACAGAAACCAGUCACUCAAGCGUCUUUUCCAACCUUAUUUAUUUUUUUCCGAAUGCAAGAUCUCUGUCUCUCUCUCUUCACUGUGGUGGAUUCAAAGGAGACGGAAGAAGAGAAGGAACACGGCGGGCGACUUAAUUUUGUGUUCUCGUAAUGUAGACGUGAUAUUUCGGUUCGUUUGAGUGUCCGUGUGUUUGUGUGUAAUUUAGGAGGGUAAUGAUUAGUACUCCUCGUCUGUAGUUUUAUUUUCGGUUGCCAUGUGGUUGUCUGAGGAGGUUGAAGUAGGGAGAAAUAGGGAAAUGAGGUCACAAUAUAUACUUGGGAUGGGAUACAGACAGACAGAUGGACUUCACAACCACACCCACCACAACCAUAACAUUUACUACCACACACGAAUUUUAACUCUUUAACUCGUUGCAUUUCUUAGUUGGUUUGUUGUCGUAGUGGCGUGAGGGAGGGAGCGAGUGAUCGUAAGCCUUCCGCUCGUCUCCCUCCGCCCUCACAAACUGGUCCGUGCGUAGCCGUGUCGCAGCUCACCGUUCAUCAUGUUUUAUAUUUUUAUACUUACAUUUACGUGUCCCGUGUCCUUCUGUUGUGUAUGUAUUUAUGUGUUCCUCGCAUGGGUGUGCAUGUGUGUGUAUACGUAAGUCACGAGUGGCAGCUCUUUCGUUCCGUAGGAGUCGUAGAAUAGGACGUCGUUUUUAGUCAUUCGUGUAGGGUUAGGGAGGAAAGCGUGCGUAAUGUACAUGGCAUCAGCAGUAGUAACACGACCUCUCAGUCACCGAGCUUCAUUACGUCUAUAUUUUUUGCAUUACGUGAUGUCGGGUGAAGUCCGAGAGAGGGCGACAAGUGAUUAAAUGUACAUGGCAUCAGCAGCAGUAACACGACCUCUCAGUCACCGAGCUUCAUUACGUCUAUAUUUUUUUGCAUUACGUGAUGUCGUGAAGUCCGAGAGAGGGCGACAAGUGAUUAUUUUGGAUUUUUAUUUAUCAGUCGGGUCUUGCUACUCUUUUGGUUAACGUUAUUGGCUUGGUUUGCAGUACGGUUUGACGAGGGAAGUCCGAGAAAGGUUAACGGCAAGUGACUUUUCGGUUAUUUAUUUUAUUAGUCUCGGCUACUCCUCUGGUUAACAUUAUUGGGUCACAUUGCCUUACGGUUUGACGAGUGAAGUCCGAGGAAGGUCUCAGCCACUCCCAUAGGUUUUUAUCGCAAUUGGGUCGGUUUUUAGCUAAUUUUCCCUUUGGUUUUGCGCAACUCUGUGAAAUUCGCUCAAAACAACGGUAGCUUUUGGCGAUUUUAACUCUCUUAAGGCUUGUACAAAAUAAUCUAAAAAAAAAAUCAUCUCUAGGUAAAUUCUUAAGGUUUUACGGUUCGUACAAAAACUCACAAAAAAAUCUCGGUAGAGCGGUUAGGUUGGUCAAUAAAUAAGUUGGUAUUCAUUAGGAUGGUGAAUAAACAGGCAUGUUCCCCUUGUUCAUCAAAAAAAGUUAGCAUAAAGGAAAAGGUCAAACAAAACUGGAAACAAGAGUACAAUAGAUUUCUUUGUGUAGGUGACUGUGUAGGUCUGGCAAUGAUUAAUUUAUAUUCUUUAGGCAUAAUGUGAAUGAUUGUAUGUACGGUGAAAGUGUCUGAAUCCCAUUGGUUUAAGAAUUCCGAUUGUCCGCAUUUGUUAAGGAAAUUAUAAACACCCAACCAACCUCGUAAGGGAAGUUAAGGACGUUAAAAUGAAAAGAAUAGAAAGUAGAGGAAAUUAUCAACUAAAAACUAAUUAAUGUCUGAAAUCUCGUGUCUCGGUAAUUAUUUAAAGACACCUAGAUGAAAGACGGUCAAAAUUUUCUGUUGGGAUUCAUAAACUUCCGCUGUAUGGUGCUGUGAGGCAUCUGUGUGGAGUAUACCAUCCUUCGUAAGCGCAGCGGAAUGUCCAGUUGGUGAAAUGAUGAAAAUUUCUUUGCCGGGUGACGUGAAAAGUUUCAAAGUGAGUGAAGUGGCGAAAAAGACUGCAGCGAGUAAGUGAAUGACUGAAAAGUUUUGUCUGGACUAAAUUAAACGGCGAGAAAGAUUGAGUAAGUGCAAUGAGUGACUGUGUUUUUCAGUGUGUUUUAAAAUGCAGUAUACUUAGCGAGUCAUCAUUUCCAAAAGACUGCAGUAAGCGAAUGACGGAAAAGUUUUGUCUGGACUAAAUGAAACGGUGAAAAAGAUUGAGUAAAUGCAAUGAGUGACUGUUUUUCAGCGUGUUUUAAAAUACAGUAUACUUGUAUGUCAUCAUUUCCAAAAGACUGCAGUAAGCGAAUGACGGAAAAGUUUUGUCCGGACUAAAUUAAACGGCGAGAAAGAUUGAGUAAGUGCAAUGAGUGACUGUUUUUGAGCGUGUUUUAAAAUGCAGUAUACUUGCGUGUCAUCAUUUCCAAAAGUCUGCAGUGAUUAAGCGAAAUGAAGGAAUAUUUUGUCCUGACUUAAUGAAACGGCGAGAAAGAUUGAGUAAGUGCAAUGAGUGACUGUGUUUUUCAGCAUGUUCUAAGAUGCAGUAUACUUAGCGUGUCAUCGUUUCCAAAAGUCUGCAGUAAAUCAGCUAAAUGCCGGAAAAUUUUAUUGUGAUGAAAUUAAAUAGCAAGAAAAAUUGAUGAAAUAUUGAUGAAAUAGCAAGAUAGAUUGAUGAAAUAGCGAGAAUGAUUGAUGAAAUAGCGAGACAGAUUGAUGAAAUAGUGAGAAAUUGAUGAAACGGUGAAAAUGGUUGAUGAAAUAGCGAGAAUGAUUGAUGAAACGGUGAGAAAGGUUGUCGAGUAAGUGCAGUGCGGGACUUUUUCAGCGUGUUUUUUCAAUGCAGUAUAGUUAGUGUGUUAUCAUUCACGCCUGGGUUAAGCCGGGCGCCAGCAGUACUUGGUGAGCGUUGCGUUAACAGUGCAGUAUGUUUAGUAUAUUAUUAUUCAUACGUACAUUACUUAAGAUGGUUGAAGUGAUAGUAUAUACAAUGCAGUAUGCUUAAGUAUUACCAUUCAUUCACAAAGAAAUAAAAGGUCAAUGAAUGCCAAGUGAGAGUAUUUACAAUGCAGUGCAGUAUCUGUAUAGUAUUGCCAUUCUUUAAAUAAAACUUUUAAUAUUGAA